CGUCAUCGUUGGUUGACUGGUAACUCUCCCUUUUGUGUGCCUGGCAACAAACAGAGUACGUUUUCUCCUCAAAAAUUAUGCGCAUCUGGCGCGUGGAGCGUGAGCUCAUAGCCAAUGGAAGAGGCGCGUUUGGCGAGGGGCGUGUCUCACAGCUGUCAACGUUAAAUAUAUAUUUCUAAGGAAUUUAAACUAGUGAUUAAAACGUGUAUAUUUGAGUUAAACACGUAACUGUGGUUAUAUCACAAGGUUACAUAAAGGUAAAAACAAAGAUGCAUUUUCAGGGGAAAUUAAAAGAAUGAAAGACUUCUGUCUUUGAGUUUCUUGUUUUUUUAUUACAUUUAUUUAGUCUACUUUCUCUCACACUCUCAUCCACACACACUGUAAACAUAUUCAGAAGGAAAACAAUGUAAUAUGAUGAUGUUUGAAAGGACACCACAAGCCGAGAUUAAGCAAACAAGCGAUUGGCUUUCUGAAUUGACACGCUCAGUUGUGUUGCUUAGCGACGUGCCACACAAAGUUUUACGUCGUGUUGUGUGUGAAAAGGGGGAAGGUUUUUCAGAGCCUAUUUAAUUUACCGUACCUCGCUAAAUAUUUCACAAAACAGGAAACAAAUAGCCUAACGUCUAUUAUGAUGUCUUCUCAGACAGAGAUUUUCAGCAAUAAAAUUGAUCCUGUAGCAAACGAAGAGAGUGAUAUGAAUGACGUACUCAAUUCAGAUUCAGAUCGUUCUGGCAGCUCUGGGAUUUGUGGACACCUUCUUACUUUCUUUUCAUUCCUUCUUAUCCUACUUACAUUUCCAGUCUCGGUGUGGAGUUGCAUGAAGAUUGUCCAGGAAUAUGAGAGAGCAGUUAUUUUCCGGUUGGGAAGGCUCAUUGGUGGUGCGAAAGGACCUGGUUUGUUCUGGAUUAUUCCAUGUGUGGACACAUUUCGUAAGGUUGAUUUGAGGACAGUGUCUUUUGACAUUCCUGCUCAAGAAGUGCUGACCAAAGACUCUGUGACUAUUAUGGUGGAUGCUGUGAUCUACUACCGAGUCUUUAACCCCACUGUUUCAAUAACCAAAGUAGAGAAUGCGACUCACGCCACACAGAUGCUGGCACAGACCACUUUAAGAAACAUGCUGGGUACCAAAAGCCUAGCAGACAUCUUAAAAGACCGUGAGGAGAUGUCAGAUCAGAUGGAGGCUGUCCUGUAUGCUGCAUCCAAGAAUUGGGGAAUCAAAGUGGAAAGGGUAGAUCUUAAGGAUGUCAAACUGCCCACAACCCUGCAGAGAGCUAUGGCAGCUGAAGCUGAGGCUGCCAGAGACGCACGGGCUAAGGUGAUAGCAGCAGAGGGAGAAAUGAAAGCCUCUCAUGCUCUGAAGGAGGCAGCGAAUGUGAUGUCAGAGUCUCCAUCAGCUCUCCAGCUCCGCUAUAUGCAGACGCUGACGGAGAUCGCCUCAGAAAGGAACUCCACCGUAAUCUUUCCUCUUCCUAUGGACCUUAUCUGUCAUUUCAUGAAGAGGUGACCUCAUUCUUAGAGAUGAACUAUAAAAAUUAACAAUAAAAUGAAACGUUAUUUCAUUAUUAUUAUUAAUCCCAACGAACACCACACUGUCAAAAAUAUGUCUUGGGUGCACUAUUAGUUUGUUUUGGAUAAAAAUGUCUGCUAAAUGCAUAAAUGUAAAUGUAAUUAUUAUUGUUUAACUUACUGUAUAAAGUAAAAUGAAAUAUUUCAAAUUCUGUACUGUUUUUAAGUCAAUAAUCAAAUAAGAUAAUUUGUGUCAUGUGAACUGUCCAUAUUAUUUUGUUCAUUCAUUUCUAGAUUAUGUGUACUUUGCCUUAAAUAUCUCACUGUCUACCUCUAA